AUGUUUCGCAAUCAGUACGACACGGAUGUCACCACGUGGAGCCCCGUCGGCCGCCUGCACCAGGUGGAGUACGCAAUGGAGGCAGUGAAGCAGGGCAGUGCGGCGGUGGGGCUGCGCAGCAGCACGCACGCGGUGCUGGCCACGCUCAAGCGAGCGGCGUCCCCCCUGGCGUCGUACCAGCGCAAGAUAUUCCGCGUGGACGACCACAUGGGCAUCGCCAUUGCGGGGCUCAAUGCUGACGGCCGCGUGCUCUGCCGCUUCAUGCGCUCCGAGUGUCUGUCUCACAAGUUUGUCUUCGAGUCGCCUCUCCCGGUGGGCCGCCUUGUCUCCAUGGUAGCAGACAAAUCUCAGGUGUGCACGCAGCGCUCGUGGCGCCGCCCGUAUGGCGUGGGGCUGCUGGUGGCCGGCUUCGACCAAACCGGCCCGCACAUCUUUCAGACCUGCCCGUCGGGCAACUUCUGGGAAUUCCACGCUAUGGCAAUCGGGGCGCGUUCGCAGGCCGCCAAGACGUACCUGGAGCGCAAGUAUGAGUCGUUCGGGGCGUGUUCGCUGUACGAGUUGGUGCGACACGCGCUGCUUGCUGUGAAGGAGUCGCUACAGGAGGGGGAGCUGAGUGGAGCCAACUGCAGUGUCUCUAUUGUGGGGGAGGGGCAAGCGUUUAGCAUUCUGACGGAUGCGCAGGUGCAGGAGCAUAUAGAUAGGAUGGAGAAUGAGGAGGACAUCGGUGGUGCUCCUGGCGCGCAGGUGAGACAUCACCAGGUGGUUCAUCACCAGGUGGUUCUCCGUUCCGUCCAGCUUGCUGGAGAUCCCACAGUGGCGGAACGCGUCGAUGAUGAUAUGCUUGGUGGAGCCUUCGCGAUCCACUGCAGCACCACGGGGUGCGGAGGCCUCCGCAGGUUCCCUGCGGGUGGGACAGAGGACGUGGCAGCGAGCUGUUAG